UUAUGAUCAGCCAUCCGCAAUGACUAUGUUAUUACCAGCGCUUUAUAUAAUAAUCUCCGGUAUGCGUUUCUUGCCCCCCUCUUUAUUGUUGGUUGCUGUUUUUAUUGCUACCAUUUUCCACUGCUGGACAUCUUUGGGAAGUCUACAGUUAAUGUGCACUGAAGCUGAUCAUCAGUUGGGCGUAUGGGAAUGUGCAGUAGGGUGCACAAUAACAGGUGGACAAGUGGAUGGGCAACUUCAUUAUACACCAGACUUGGCCCAACACGUAACUCUCUCUCAUGAAUAGUGACAAAUAGGACGAAAAAAGGGAUUCUCAUUUGCGCAUAUUUCAGUUUCUCUGAGUUUAAUCCUUGCAAACUUUUCAGUUUAACCAAGAAGGUUAAACCUCCAAGUUCAAAACCUUUAAUUUUAGCCUCUUGCAAACUCUUCAGUAUAACACCUUUGAUCUCUUGCAAUUCAGAUGAAAAAUGUUUACAUUUUUUGCAGGUCCGUUUUAUCUUUAUCGCAAAGGGUUGCGCGCGCGUCAGUUUUAACAGCUAGAAACCUUGCGUUAUCCACGAUAGUCCCGUCCCCCAACAUCUGCUUGAAGAUUACCUGUCAUUGAAUGGUACAGUUACUCCAUUUAUCGUUCGCUCCAAAAUUCCCACAAAGGAUUCUUCUAUUGCACCGUUCUUAUUUGAACAAUCCAGGGUCUCAGACAAUUAAAUCCGGAUUUUUGUGACCCCGCACACAGGGAGUCAGUGACCCUGACUUCAGCGCCUGGAUCGCAGAGCUGCCAUUACCCAGCAGCGCCAGAUCACGUAGCUCCGUGCAGGGCUGCUCCGCCAAGCCAGUCACGUAAGCGUCUCCUCUCCGCGGGGCGUCUUGAGGAACUGUGCCGGUGGGUUCUGUUGAAAGGACCGAUUCCAGACGUCUUUUUUGUUAGCUGACGUUCUACGUCGGAAAGGAGAAGGGGUUUGUCAGAGAGGUGCAGGUGCAGAGGGCGAUUCCAGACUGACAGCUGACUGAACUGUGCCAGGAUGUCUCAUCUAGGUCGAUGUUUUAAUCUCCUCCGGGGAGCAGUCCCCAGGGUAGUCUCACAGGUGCCAUGUAGAGGGCUGCAACUGGCCAGGUGUCAGCCUCAGCAACUGGCCAGCCGACCCGCCUCCCUCCUGACCCAGUGGGCACGUGGGCUGAGCACCUGUCCUCCCGGCAACAACCCCAGGAGCAAGCCCACGCCCACACUAGCCUCCCUGCAGCCCUGCCGUCUCAUGAACCAGGCAGCAGAGGCAGUUCCAAAAGAGCCGGAGUCAGUAAAACAGAUCCUUGGCUACCUUAAGGAUGCCCCAACUGCCGCUCUGUACCUGGGUUUGGCUGGCGCCGUCCCAUUUGCACUGCUCCCAACCUACAUGCUGUUCCAGCAGUGCUACAUCCCGGAGAUUGUGUUCACCCACGCGGCCUGCGGAGCGUCCAUCCUGUCCUUCCUGGGGGGCAUCCGAUGGGGGAUCACCCUGAGUGAAGAAGGCCCGCCACCUGAUUGGCUCAACCUGUCCAUCAGUGUGGUGCCCAGUGUAGCAGCAUGGGGUGCCUUACUGGUCCUGCCUGGUACCUCGGUGAUGGUGUGCAUGUUGGGUUUUGCAGGCACCAUGUGGACUGAUGUCUAUCGGCUGAAGGGUUACCCCGACUGGUUCCGUGCAGAGCGGCUCCUCCUGUCGCUGAUUGUGCUCGGCUCCCUCGGCAUCACGCUGGGAAUCUACCUCAGCGACAUGCCUACCAAGAGCCUGAAAGACAGGGAAUAGAGAGAAAGCAACAUUUCUUUAAACACAUAUUUGUCCCCUCUCUUCUCAGAGUGCUUUUUAGUCAGUUUUGGUUUAAUUAUACAUGAGUAAUGGAAUGAAAUCCUCAAUUAAAGAUAGGGAACCAUGAAGAAUAUGCAAAUUUUGUCAGAUGGUAUUGCUCGCUUUGCAAUUGUGUUUUUGCUAUCUAGCCACAAAUUAUUUAGACUAGGCAAAGUCUCCCCAUUGCUGAUACCUUGAAACAAUUGAAAAAAGAAACGUGUAAUGUUACAAUACUGCUAUGAACGCAAUUAGGAAAUAAAAUUUGGAUGAAAUGUUCUUUUAGCAUUCGCACUGAAAUCUUUUAGCAUGUAUGGAUUUAAAAUCUUCCAGAGAGAGACCCCUCCUCCCCCCCAAAAAGAAGUUUAGAUUUUUAAAAAAGACAAAAUAGAAUGCUUGUGAACUUAAGGUUUUGGAAAAAAAACAGAAUCUGUUCUAAGAUGGAGCUGAAAGGUCAGAGACCAGCCCGUACAAUCAUAGAACCAAAAUACCUGUCUCUGUGAUAGUGUAACAAUGCAGUAGAGGGAUUAAUCUGACAGAUGUUUGUCUGCCUUUGCUGGGUAAUUUUCUUGUAAGUUUUUUCACUUAAUUGCUGUGUACACAACUGGGUAUAACCUUAUUUUGUUGUGUUGUUUACCAAUAGCAAAUUGCUGCAGUUUUGUAGAAUUCAUCAUAACAAGCUUUUCUUGCCCUAUGCUAAAUGUGCCCCUUUCUUGUUGUAUUUAUAAACACUAUGCACUCGAUGAGGGACCCACAUUCAAUAAUUUCAGUUUUGUGCUAGUGCCUAGGACCAGUAUUGUACGUUUUCAUGGUACAAAUGUACAUGUAUUGUGAGUCAAUUUGUGACUGAUGCUGCAAUACUUGAAGCAAGAGGAUUUGGAUGAUGAGAAGAUGGCUUAAAGUUAGGCUAGCAAUAUAUCUGGUAGACCUAAGUUUGGUGGAGAUGGAGAAGUGAAAAAGUGAUUUGAGUUGUUGGAUGAAGGUGGCAGUCUGCAGUAAGGAAUAGGCUGGCAUUGCUGGAUACACCAGAAACUUCCACCUGUAUGUAUAGAACUAAGCUGGACACCAGAAUUCUCGCUGUAUCAUUUAAAGCUUUCUCUUGAUGUGUCACAAUGAAUAAAAAUUCAGCUCUGAAAGGGCAAAA